UUGGAGAACUCGCGACGAUGGCGACGACGACUCGGUGCUGGAAAGGGACGCAGUGAAGCUGGCCUCGGCUCGGAUAUGACUAAUGUUUAUUUGGGAGAGGUUUAUUUGCUGCUUAAUAAUUGCAUAGGCUUUGGAUGAAUCUUUGGCUUCUUACUUAUCAUCACUCCUUUCACUGGAGUAACUGACCUUUGCAACUAUUUGUAGCUUGUCUGCCGAGGUAUCCCUAACAGGUUGCCUGUUUUUAAAAGUUAUGAUUUCCAUGUCUUACUUUUGAGAGUUUACAAACAAGAUUGUCAGGACUGCUCAUCAUUACUAACCAUUAUUGACUGGUCCAAGGCGAAGCCCCCUUUUUGGUGACCCACACUCCUUCACAGGGGCCAUGGAGGAGGAGGGGCAGCAGGGCUUGGAGUGUAUCCAGGCCAAUCAGAUCUUCCCCAAGAAGUCCCCUGUCUUGGAGGAGGAAAACAUGCAGGUGCCCUUUCCUGAGUUGCAUGGGGAGUUUACAGAGUACGUUGGAAGAGCAGAGGAUGCCAUCAUUGCAACGUCCAACUACCGUCUACACAUCAAGUUCAAAGAGUCUGUUGUCAAUGGUUGUUGUUGUGAGGUGUCAGUUCCUCUUCAGCUCAUAGAAUGUGCCGAGUGCCGUGAUAUGUUCCAGCUUCAUGUCACCUGUAAGGACUGCAAAGUCAUCAGGUGUCAGUUCUCCACCUUUGAGCAGUGUCAAGAAUGGCUAAAACGCCUGAAUUCAGUUGUGCGCCCUCCGACUCGUCUGGAGGACCUCUUUUCCUUUGCAUUCCACGCCUGGUGCAUGGAUGUGUAUGCGGGCGAGAAGGAACAGCACGGCGAGUUGUGCAGACCAGGGGAACAUGUGACCUCCUGGUUCAAGAACGAAGUGGAGAGGAUGGGCUUUGACACUCAAAACGCCUGGAGGAUAUCUGACAUCAACAGCAAGUUCAGGCUUUGCCCCAGCUAUCCUCAGCAGCUCCUGGUGCCAGCAUGGAUCACUGACAAGGAGCUGGAGAAUGUGGCAGCCUUCCGCUCCUGGAAGAGGUUUCCUGCUGUGGUUUAUAGGCACCAGACCACAGGGGCUGUAAUCGCCCGCUGCGGUCAGCCAGAGGUUAGCUGGUGGGGCUGGAGGAACGCUGAUGAUGAGCACCUGGUACAGUCCAUUGCCAAGGCCUGUGCAAUAGACAGCAGUUCCUGCAAGCAGCUUACCAACGGCGGGUACAGUAACGGCUCUGACCUGUCUGACACUGACUUUGAAUCCUCCAUGACCAACAGCUCAGAGGUGGAGACAUUGGCGAUCCAGCCCCCUAAGUUACUGAUCUUGGAUGCCAGGUCUUAUGCUGCGGCUGUAGCUAACAGAGCCAAGGGGGGAGGCUGUGAAUGCCCAGAAUAUUAUCCGAACUGUGAGGUGGUGUUUAUGGGCAUGGCCAACAUCCACUCCAUCCGCAAGAGUUUCCAAUCACUGCGGUUCCUCUGCACUCAAAUGCCUGAUCCAGCUAACUGGCUUUCUGCACUGGAGAGCACCAAGUGGCUGCAGCAUCUUUCCCUGCUGCUAAAGGCCGCAUUGCUGGUGGUCAAUGCUGUAGACAGAGACCACAGGCCCGUCCUGGUGCACUGCUCUGAUGGGUGGGACCGGACACCUCAGAUUGUGGCUUUAUCAAAGCUUCUGCUGGACCCUUACUAUCGCACUAUUGAGGGCUUCCAGGUUUUGGUGGAGACUGAGUGGUUGGACUUUGGCCACAAGUUUGCAGACCGAUGCGGUCAUGGAGAAAACUCUGAGGACCUGAAUGAGCGCUGUCCCGUCUUUCUGCAGUGGCUAGACUGUGUUCACCAGCUGCAGAGACAAUUCCCAUGCUCCUUUGAGUUUAAUGAGGCCUUUCUGGUAAAACUUGUGCAGCACACCUACUCCUGUCUGUUCGGCACCUUCCUGUGUAACAGCGGCAAGGAGAGGGAGGACCGACAUGUGCAGGAAAGGACCUGCUCUGUCUGGUCCCUGCUGAGACCGGCCAACCGCACCCUGAAAAACAUGCUGUACUCCUCACACUCCGAGAUUGUUCUCCACCCAGUGUGUCACGUACGUAACCUGUUGCUGUGGACUGCAGUCUACCUGCCCAGCUCCUCCCCAACCACCCCCUCAGAUGACUCCUGCGCCCCCUACCCUGUGCCUGGUUGCACUCCUGAGGAUACGCCCCUGGCCAGACGAACAAAGACACGCUCGUUCGACAACUUGCCAAGUGCAUGUGAGUUGGGGAACUCUCUAGCUCCUAAUCGCCGCUCCAGUGAUCCGAGCCUCAAUGAGAAAUGGCAGGACCACCGACGCUCUCUGGAGCUCAACAUGGCGGUGGGGCCUGAGGGAGGGGGAAACCAGGAUCAGGAGGUGCGGCCUAAUGGAGUGGGGCCUUACCUAGAGGGUGGGGAUUCUGAGCUGGAUGACAGCCCUCAGCCAAGAGUCACACAUGCUGAGCUUGGAGAGGGAGCCUCUGGGAGCUCAGCCGAAACAGCAGAGGAAGCAGAGGAGGCGGAGCUCUCUGUGGCAGUAGGUGUGGCUGAGGGCCAGAUGGAGAACAUCCUGCAGGAAGCUACUAAGGAGGAGGCGUUAGCAGAGGCUCAGCCAGAGGAAAGUACUGUUGUCACAUGUGUCAGUAACUCUGUUGACACAGAGGUGGGGAAAGAAGCACAGGCUGAUGAGGAUGAUCCACAUGCUAAGGUCAACAGCACUGACAUUCAGUCAGACACAUUUGCUAAUGGUCACCAUCAAGAGAAUGGUGAUAUGGAAGCAGAGGAGGAAGUCCCUCCCCCUCUUCCUGCACAGGAAGCAGAGGAAUUGGAUGAAGAAGCUGCUGAGGCAACUCAGACAGCAGAUGAUCUAGAGAAACAGGUUGACAAGAACUCUAUUGAAAAAGAUGAGCUUUCACAUGGAACCAGUGAGUUGUGCUCUGAUGAGCCAGAUCAGCCUAUUGCCCAGAGAACUUUAACUAAUGGCUAUUUGGACAGGUCACCUGAGGAGCAAGGUGUGGAUGAAAAGCCCUGCUCUCAGUCUGAAUCUGAUCGCAGUGAUUCAGAGCAGGUUGAUAAGAGAGCCUCCCUAAUGGAAAGUUCCACAGAGACUUUAACUGAAGAGGCUUGCAGCAGGCUGGAGCCACCAGCACAUUCGCCUAUUUGCCCAAGUCGUCAGCCCUGCAGUGAAAGCAGGAGCCAUCCUCCUUGCUCCAGGAAAGAGAAAGGACUUGAGACAGGCGAGCAAGGCUUUUUCAGAACUUUAAAUGGGAGCAGCAAGCGUCCAUCUGUCAGUGCCUUUCAGUCGGUCAGUGGUGACCUCGGCAGGGAUGGGCUUUAUAAUGGUGACAACUCAGAAGGGGAGCCCUGCGGAGGACCUCACUGGGCCAAAGGAAACGGGGAAAGGACCCCACUAAGUCGACAGGUAUCUGUGGCAAGCUGCAACUCUCUCAUCCUCCAUCCACGGGGCAGCUGCUCGCAGCACCGCUGGUGCCAUGCUCUGCAGUUGAGAGCUGCAGUUAGCCCUGAGCAGCCGUCCCGCAGCCAUCUGGAUGAUGAUGGGCUAACCCUGCACACAGAUGCCAUCCAGCAGAGACUGAGGCAGAUCGAGGCAGGGCAUCAGAUGGAGGUGGAGACUUUAAAGAAACAGGUUCAAGAGCUGUGGAGCCGUCUGGAGAAUCAGCAGCAUGUUGGCUCCCACAGGGUCAAUGGAGACAUAGGAGAUGAAGUGACCUCAAUGACAGACUCUGAGUACAACCUGGACCCCAACUGUUUGUCACGCUGUAGCACAGAGUUCUUCUCUGAAGCCAGCUGGGAACAGGUGGACAAGCAGGACACUGAGGUGACUCGUUGGUACCCAGACCAUUUGGCAGCCCAGUGUUACGGCUGUGAGAGCAGGUUCUGGCUUGCCACGAGGAAGCAUCACUGCAGUGGCAGGGAGCCUGUCCAGGAGGUUUGGAAUUGUGGUAAUGUGUUCUGUGCCAGCUGUUGCGACCAGAAGAUCCCAGUGCCAAGCCAGCAGCUUUUUGAGCCAAGCCGCGUCUGUAAGACCUGCUACGGGAGCCUUCAGCACAAUCCGGCUCCUCUGGACCUGGAGCUGGAGAAACCCAUCACAGCCAGCUCCAACUGAGAUUCAGAGGACUGGGAAGGGGGGGGGGACUGGCUGAUUGCCAGCUGCUGUCAAAGGCACUGCUGAAGAAGAGCACAGGAGCUACACAGAAUGUCCCAUGUACUUUGUGUGUGUGUGUGGAAUUUAAUGUGUAUAUACAGAGGAUGUUGUGAUGGAGAAGUUUAAAGGCAGGACAGUGUAAUACAGAACGCUCUGAAUGGUGGAUGUGCAUAGGGGUGGUGUGUUUGUGUGAGAAAAACAAUCACACGUGCAUCCGACAGGGGUUUUUGUUGGCAGUGACAGGUCUGCACUCAAAGGCCAGAGGAGUGAGAGUGGACAUCCUGGUGCCUUAGACCAGGCAGGCAGAGAAGGUCGUCUCACUGUGUUGCUGAAGUCUCUCGGAGAGCUUUGGUACAUUGAAACAUUUCCUAAAUUCUCUUCUUAUGUUUUUGUAUCAUCAUCUCCCUGUUUGGACUUUUUUGUGGAGGACAGCAUCAUUAUACAGGGAAAGAGCUUUACAUCUAUCUGGAUAGCUGAUGCUUCUGUUAUAGACCAGGGAGUCCCAGGGAUCAGUUCACCUAACACCCUGACUUACCUCUUGUAUCUAAAAGUUCAGGUUGAAUAAAAUAGUGAAAUUAAAAUGAAAUAUGAAAUCUCAGUUCUGGGGUUUCUGCUGCCACUAAAGACAGUGAAGGAAAAGCAAAUCAGUGCUUCUCUACUGUUUUUAAGAUCAAUAAAUCAGCAGAUUAUUUUGGAAGUAGCAUUUGGUUGUUUGGGUUGUUGGCCUCAUGGUUAGAGUUUUAACUUCUUUUUGUUUUGAUAACAAAUAGAUUCUCAAGAUAUUUCAUUAAUGUCAGAAAAUGCAGCACUUUUAUUUGAGAGGAGCCUGAUAGCAUAGAAAGGAAGUGAUUAUUUUUUGAUAGAUUUACUGCAUUUUGACUGUUGGGUAUGAAAUAGGGAUGUAACUGUAUUAAAAUCUCACGGUAGGUAAAUGUUACAAUAUGUGCAAAAAGGUGCCACAGGUGUGGUUUAGGCCUAAAAAAUAUACUUUGGCUCCAGCGUGUUUACUAACCUUCUUAAACCUUCGUUGUCCAGCGCUGAAAAUAGCUGUAGGUCUUUGUUGAUAUAUUUGCUGAUACACCUUGUGGUCUGUUGUGAGAUCUUGUACUGCUUUGGGAAGUGGGAUUAUGAAUGCUUCCUUAAGAGACUUUUGACCUGGAUCAGAUUCUACUCCUCCCAUAUUCAUGAAUCUUUACGAUUGAGGAUUUGCAAAGUGGCUCCUCGUGUUACUCGUUUUCCCCACCAAGUGUGUCACUGCAGUCUGCAUAUUGAUUUUUUUUUUCUGUCACCUUUUCUACUUUCUCGUUUCUUGUCACCAGGAAACCAAAUUUCCUCCACCAUUUAAAAAUCGCUGGAGCCUCCACCAUCUCAAUCUCAAAAUGGUGUCACUCAGUUUUCCAUCACCACUCAUAGCAUCCACCAUUUUCGGGCUAUUAGAUCAAGCCAGUGAGUGGUGCGCAAAGAGUGGAGGGCCGAUGGUAACUGUAGCUCCCACUUUCCUUCACUCUGCUAUGCUAAAAAAAGCUACACUUUUUGCCCUGCCGUUUGAAACAGUUGCACGUCCACAACGACACUGAGGCGCUUCUAUUACCGUGAUAUUAACAAUACCGUUACACCCCUAGUAUGAAAUGUUGUCUGGAUUUGGAAAGAGAGAUCAGUUUAAAUAUUAGUUAAAAUGAUUACAAAAGAGUUGUGCGUAUCCUAGUAGGUGCUUAGUAUUGGUUUAGCUCCACAAAUUCUGGAUUGUUCAGUUGUUACUGUGCAAGUCAAAAUUACAAUAUAUAGGUUUUGUAUUGUUUAUUUCAUUUGGUCUUUAGGUGAACUGAUCCUUUAAUAUGCCUGUGCUGAAUCACAACUAAACAUCAUCUUUGUCAUCAAGUAUUAAAUCAGCUUUCGAGAGUAGAACACCCUUGUAGGUUAGUAUGUACUGAGGUCGUCCCAAUGUUUGAUACUUUUUGAUACCACAAGCUUUAAAAAAUAUCUGUUAUUUUUAUGUUCAGUAGUGCUCUAAAGUGUCAAAGCUAUGAAAGAAAAAACAUCUUCUAUUCAAAGCUGCAAGCAGAGAUAAAGAGACUACACACAGCAGUGGACCAUUAAUGUUAACAAGAGAGAACAAGCAGCUCUAAUUACAAACCAAACCAGUGACACACAGAAAUAAGAUACUAUUUUCUGAUUAUUUCACUGUGGUUAUGCUUAGAAACCAAAUCAACAUCUCAACACAAAUGCGCAGGAAGGUGUAUGGUUCUUCAUUUCAUAGCUGCUACUAAAAAUAUGUCUCUUCCUGCCCUCAUAGUCAUAGUCUUGAAAUAUGUCUAAGAGUUUUAUUCACAAGUUGGCAGUCAAGUUUCAUUAAGGCCUUUUAACAUCUCAUAAAGAUGCAGAUGUUAACUUUAGUGUCUACUGCCAACAGAAAGAAAGUGUAGGAGAGAGAGAUGGGAAUGUUAACUCCAAACCUGUGGACCUUUGACUGAGCUUUGCACACAUUAAUGCCCAUUAAUUGUCCUAGUUAAAGGGCUGGGCUGUCAAGAUUAAUUCUUGUCAAUUAUGAUUAAUCACGGUCCACAAUUAGUGCACAAUUUUUGUUUUAAAAUCAUGAUUAAUCACAUGAUUAAUUGCCUCUUUCAACACACUUUGGCUAGGCUCUCAACAUCUCUCUGCAGCCACAGUGAUGUUGAAUUAGUCCACCACUGCUCCUUGAUGUCUCAUUUCCCUUUAGAAACUCACUGACAGCUCAGUGGACAAGUCAGAACCUUGUGUUAUAGAUAAUUUUCUCUUUACUCCCCUUAUAUCCUUUUCAAUCAGUGACAAGUUCCUUUUUCUGUGGUUAAGUUCAUGUCAUAAUCUUUGCCUUAAAGAGCAGGUCUGUAUCCAACAGGAAGUUGUUGACCUUUAGUUGAAGACAGUAGAAAAAUUCAAAGUGAUACAAUAACAGUUUAAAAUGCAAUGUAGUGGAUUUUAAAAUGUGAUUAAAAGGGUGCGAUUAUUCAUGAUUGACUACAGAAAUUCUUAGAUUAAUUGCGAUUAAAAUUAACGAUCUCUCUCUCUGCACUACUGAUGAUAAUUCAGACAUAAAUACUGCUGUGGUAUCAAAACAGGUAUCGAUAUUGGAUUUUUACUAAUUUACCAGGAUGCAAAAUUCUGGUAUGGACAACUCUAGUAUGUAAGUAAAUUGAAAACAAUCAGCUCAGAAUCUGUGUUUAAAGCAGAGAUUCAGCCCUGAUUGCUGUCAGGACGCCUGAUUGUCUGCACUCUAGGUUGUUUUUCUGUCACCUUCCUUUUUGAUUUCUUUUCUUACUGACGCACAGGGAAGUGAUACCCUUCUACUUUCAGACCAGUCACCCCUGUGAGUCUUUUAUCAAGAUGUAAAAAAGUCUUUAACAAGACCAGGGAUCAGCUGAUGAUCACUCAGCUUUGCUGCCCUGACAGUCUGUUAUUACUGCUCCGCUGGGAGCUUACACUGAUGUGUGCUGCCAUUGUCAGUUUGUGUUAGACAGCAGAUGAGCUGAAGAUUGUUUGUGCUUGUGUGUAAUCUCUCCGUUUAGCCACAGCGUCAUGCCCUUCACUCUCAACAGCCCCUUUUUUACUAUAUUUACCCAGCAGGCACUGGGAGCUGGAUAUUUCCUUUAAUUUUCAGUACAGUGGACUCCAUAAGUGAGAUUGAGAAUUCAACACUUUAGAACUUCCAUGUUUUGGUUUUUUUUGAAGGUGAUUAUUGACCUCACUUGUGAUCUCCACUUUGAUUGGCUGUUACAUGGAGGAAAGCAGUGGCAGCAGAAAGGGCUCUUGAAAUUUUCUAAAGUUUAAAACUUCAAAUAGGAAAUAAUUAGAGAGCUUCUCUGAGACACCCGCUCUGCCUAAAUCCCAUUCAAUGACCUCCUGCACACACAAACAUUUUUUUUGUAAAAGAAAUGAAUGAGAUAAUAUAUUCAGAUACUAUAUAUCAUUAAAGAAAAUGUUUAGAAUGAUUCAAUAGUGGCUCACUUAAUUAGUCACCAAAAAGCUUUUUCACUCUUUGUUUUCUUAUGUAAGUAAUUGCUGAAAGAAACAUAUAUUUUGCAGCCUGUUGAAGAUAACAGGCGUGUUUUUUUUUUAAAUAUAGAAGCAGGGUGUCCUGUUUUGAUGCUGCAGUGGUUUUCCCUUUCAAAUGCGAUUAUUAAUUUUAUUUAUUAAGGUGUUAUUCUAGAAUUGCUGUCAAAACCUUCAGA